AUGUCAUACAAAUGGCAUCACAAUUUUCCGAAAAUCGCAAGGGAAGCCGGAUUUACUAUUCGUGAGCUGUCGGUAGGACAUUGCAUCGAUUGGCGGUUCAUAGCAUCCAUCGAUCCCUAUGGCAUUGUGAGUGACAAAGAUUACGAAAAACUGGACGAAUUCAUUCCACACAUAUCCGAAGUCCCUAUUGGAAACGUGUUAAGCAACCGAAUUCUCGAUCCAGCGAUUGGGAAGUACUUUGUUCUUGCUCAAUUUAGCAUACAGUAUCUGUUGUUUUGCAAACAGUUUCUGGACGAAACAGUGUUGGAAAUUAGAAACACCAUACAAACAUUGCAGGAUGAAAAUGCGCGACUCGAAAAAAUGAACAAGAAGCGUAGCGAAGAGGUGACCCAGCUCCAGAGAAAGCUACAACGUGCCGAAACCAUGGAACAUCAUCAGCACGCGCAGCAAAUUUAUCCAUGCACAAAGUGUACGAAAAAUUUCAUCAGCUCAGAACUGUUGAAUGCGCACAUGGUACGGAAGCAUGCCAGCAAUGUUCCGCGAACGGCAGAGCCUACAUUCGAGCGUAAACCCGCUACUACCGAUACCAACUUGAUAAACACCAUAAAACUCGAACUGGAAGUGAAACAACUGAAGGAGCGGCUAAAUGCCACCGAGAAGGACCUUCACCUCCAUCGCAGCAAGCACCAUCGCUGUCGGGUUUGCUCGGAAGAUAGCAGCAGUGCGACCGACAGACCACCGGCCAAAGUACUCCACAGUGUGGCAAUACAAAGCAACCUGACGGAUGAUAAAGAUUCAAACGACGAGAAGGUGGCCCAAACUCAGACAGAAACCAUGCCACAGUCGGAAGAAUCGGCUACUGAUGAGCAACGAAAGGAACGAGCGCCAGCCGGUGACUUUAUAUCGAAAUCCGAUCUUGAAUCGUUUUUGGACGAGCAAAGGCGUCUUUUCGAAAGUUGGAAAACGGGGGAAAGACAAACGCUUAACCAGGAAAUUGAAACCGUGAAAAGAAAUCUGGUGGAUGUCAUUCAAACGAUCGAAAAGUCCGAACGAAAUACUCCCACACCGGUGGUGGUAGACGAGAGUGGCGGUAUCUGGAAGGAACGGUAUCAUGAGUUGGAAAAGAUAUACGAAACCAGUCAAAGGCAGGCCCAGGAAGCGAUCGUGUCGUUCGAGAAGGUUUACACACAAAAAGUGGAGCAGCUGGAAAAACUGCUCCGGGAAGCACGUGCCAUAGAGCGUAAAGAAAUUCAAAAUGAUAGCAGCACCGGACACACAGACCUUGGCACGCCACAUAGCUUGACUCAUUUAAAAACAGUCACUCUUCCAACGGUUGUCAUAGAAAGUGUAUCCGUAGCCGAGGAUCCUGUGCAGCAGAAGGAAGACUACGUUAAACAUAACACGCAAACGAUCUCUUCCGAGUCCGAACAAGCGGAAAGUGAUGAAGAACUUGAAGACACCAACGUUGAAACUCUCAAGACACACCACCAGCUGGUCGUGAAAAGUUCACCCUUGGUAGCAACAUCGCAAAAACCAUCGCAAGUCACAGAAGCCAAGCCGCAAGCGCAAUCUUCCAGCCAAGCUUUACUCAUUUCGCCCAAAAAACAAAUUUUGAGCCAGUUUCGAGCACGCUUGAAAGCGAUCGGAGUUGAUCCGAGAUCGAAGCAACUGUUUGGCGAGAAUUUAAAUGCCGCUUGCAAAGCUUUAGCGGACCGGCGGGAUGUGCAAAAGCAAAAGCACGGUCACUUUUUCGUCACCCGUAACCAACUGCUUUCCAGGGUUGAGCAAUUGGCACGUGCUAAAAUUGGAGACGGUUCUCAGACGAAGGAAUCGGGCCAAAUGAAAACGACGGCACAUGAUAAACCCAUCGUCAUGGGCAGAGAGAAACAUUUCCCUUCCGCUAGGGGGCCCGUGAUCAAACCUCGCCUGAAAACAUCUUCUGCGAUGGAGUUACUUCCUUCGAAGCAAAAGCUACAUCUUCCGGACACUGGGGCAGUACAACAUCAUGCCGAUAUGAACGUGUUCAAAAGCAAAGCGAUCUUUACGGGCGGAUCCAGCGCGCCACCGUACAGACCGACCAUAAGGCUUACCGAUGACGACAUUAUUACGGUACAUGCAGAUGUGACGGCUAUGUCCGGACAGGAAGAGUUAACCAUCACGCCGAACCCUUCGAAGCGCGCCUCCAUUUCCAGCUACGAUCAGCAGGUUGAACGUUUGCUACACACACCCAUUAAAACGAUACAACCGGCAGCAAAGACGCCCGACCGCGUGCAAGAAUCAACGGUGGAGGAAACCAUCCCUUCCAGCAACAAUGAAACAAUUGACAGUGUUUCAACACUCAAACCGAUCCCCAAGAAACGUGUGUUAUUUAAUUUGGACAAGGAAGAUUAUACCAGAACCGUUGGCACAUCCGUAGUAAGUGCAGGACAUCCCGGGCCCGCAGCAGAGGAAUAUGCACGAUCACAUCAAAAACCUACUGCACAUUCGGUAUCGAAGGUGGACGACGAAUCCGAUUGGAACAUUAGCAGCUUCGAUGAAGACAAAUAA